AUGGCACGGCUAAAUAUGCCAAGGUGGCGGUCUGAAUUUCACAAAAGGGAUUUUUUUGCAAUGGAGAGUGUGGCUGUCAGAAUGAUACGGUACAAUAUUAAGGAUUGGAAUAAUCUCAAAGAGCGGAUUCUUCCUGAAAACGGAUUCUGUUCGUGA